GAAAAAAUACCAGUCUAUCGAAGAAAACUAUUACGUCAUCGUCAGCUACAUUUGAAAUCGAAGAAGGAAAUUGUCAAUGUUCGUCCAAAAAUUAUUCUUGAUCUUAUUCGACAUUCAUUUACUUCCAAUGAAUUGGAUUAUCUUUCCCGAGGUCCAAAUUAUAUUAGACCAAAUCAAAGUGUACUUCGUCCGUAUAAACAACGACAGAAACAGAUUAACACAGAAUUUGAUACUAAUAUGAACAGGAUAAAGAAAUAUAUGAGUAAUCUCAAAGAUCCAGGAAAAUUACCAUUAACAUCACCAUUAUAUAACAUGUAUUCAGAUCGUCUUCGAACUUAUCUUCUUGAGCGUUAUAUGACUCCAUUACCGUUGAUUGAUCAAUUACGUGCUCGACGAGAAUUAAAACUAGUCAAAUCUAUUCAGCGAAAAUUAAAGAAAUAUAAGCUUAUUCUUCGGCAAACAGAUAAAAGUAGUGUAUUUCAUAUUGGUUAUGCCAUUGAUUAUAAACGAAAAGCAGUUAAAUAUCGACAAGAUACAGGUGCUUACGAAGAAUUAAAUGUCAAUCCAUUUAAUGAAAAUAUUUACAAUGUCACUCAUUCACUAAAUCAAUUAAAAACAAUGUCAAAAAUCGUAGAAUAUCAACGUAUGCAGAUGGUACCUGUUCGUGAAAAGACACAAUUAGCUUACAUGUAUUUUCUUCCUAAAUCACAUAAAAAAGGAACACCACUUCGACCUAUUGUCAACACUAUACAUGCAGCAACAGCGAAAAUCUCCAAAUUUUUAGAUCAAUUAAUUCGACCUUUAUUUGAUCGAUUUGUUCAUCAGACGAGAAUUAUUGAUGGUGUUGAUCUUCUUAAGAAAUGUAAGGAUUAUAUUCAAAAUGGUCAUUUGAAAUCAACUACUUUCUUUGUUACUUUUGAUAUUACGAACCUUUAUACGAUGUUACCACAAGAAGAAUCAUUAAAAAUUCUUGGUGAAUUUCUUCAAGAACAUCGUUGUGAUCGUGUAAAUGAGAUUUCGAUUGACACAAUUAUUGAAUUAGGUCGGAUAGUACUGCAAGCAAAUGUAUUUGUUUAUGGUAAUAAAUUCUAUCGACAAAUUAUUGGUGGAGCAAUGGGAUC